AUGGCGACCCUCUCUUAUCCUGCUACUUCUUCUCUCUCAACCCUCAGAAAAACCCUACACCCCAACCCCUUCAAAACCCUUAUCUUCAACCCACUUCUCUCACCUCCACUACCCACCCGCCUCUCAAAUCAACCACCAUUAUCUCUCAAAACCACCCACCCCACAUUACCUUCAUUCGUCACCCCACUCCACUCCACCUCCUCCGCCACCACACUCACCACCACUACCACCGCCCCACAGACCCUCAAGUCCCGUCUCAACAAUGGUGAGACCCUCUAUGGCCUCUUCCUCCUCAGCUUCUCCCCAACUCUCGCCGAGAUCGCCGGCCUCGCCGGCUACGACUUCGUCGUCGUCGACAUGGAACACGGUCACGGAGGAAUCUCUGACGCCCUGCCGUGUCUCCACGCUCUUGCCGCCGCCCGAACUCCGGCGAUCCUCCGCAUCCCUGAAUCUUGCCCCACCUGGGCCAAAAAAGCCCUAGAUCUCGGCCCUCAGGGUAUCAUGUUUCCGAUGAUUGAAAGUGCGAAAUUGGCGCGUAAGGCCGUGUCCUAUUGCCGAUUUCCGCCGAAUGGUGUCCGUGGAACGGCGCAUACCGUCGUUAGGGCUUCGAAUUAUGGCAUCGACGCUGGUGGGUAUUUGAGCAAUUACGAGGAUGAGCUAUUGAUCAUGUGUCAAGUCGAGUCUGAGGAUGGGGUGAAGAAGAUCGAAGAGAUCGCGUCCGUUGAUGGGGUUGAUUGCAUUCAAAUGGGUCCGUUGGAUCUGAGUGCGAGCAUGGGGUACUUGUGGGAUCCUGGGCACAAGAAGGUGAGGGAGGUGAUGAGGGCGGCGGAGAAGGCGGUGUUGAAAAUGGGUACCAAAGCCAAAGGCAGCGAUGGUGGGGGUGGGGCUUUCUUGUCUGGCUUUGCUAUGCCACAUGACAGUCCUGAGGAUCUCAGGUCAAGAGGGUAUCACAUGGUAUCUGGUGCUGUUGAUGUGGGGAUGUUUAGAAGUGCUGCUGUUGAGGAUGUCAAUAAGUUCAAGAUGGGUUUGAAGGUAGGUUCUGAUGAUGAUGGUGAGAGAGAAAACGGUAAAGAUGGUGAUGAGAAAUACUGGAGUGAGUGAAUGGAUUUUCCAAUUGUGGAGGAUGAUGCUGAAGUGCUGUGUGUUUAAUCUCUGAGUGUGUUCAAAAAAUAUGUGCUUUUGUAUCUCCUCUCCAUAGAUCCAAAUAGGAUUUUCCGGCGAGCUUGCGAGAAAAAUAUCCCCAGGAGAAAUCUACAACAGAAAUCAUUUUGAAUAAAGCUGGAGUUCAGAGUGACAAGGCCUGAUACUGGCCCGAGUUCUGCAUCAAAUUUCGGGCUAAUAAAAGUGGCGAUGGAGAGCCUCUCCUUCUCUAAGUUCCCUAUCGCUCAAUGUUCGACAUUACGGUAAAUUCCAUUGGUGAUAAUCUGAAAAAAAUAUGCCA